GACUGCGUAAUUAAUGCUGCAGCCCUUCCAUUUUGCCCGCCUAACUGCCAUUUCAAAAAUUGGCUCUCAAACAAAAGCAACCCCAAACAAACGUAUGAUUUAUAGUUGUAUCCUCAUAGUCAUCCUCCUUUCCAGUUAAUUAAUGAACAAACGAGGCAUCUUCUCAAAAUCCUCAAUCAACGCCAACAAUUUUGUAUCUCUUUAUCCAUUUUGCUUCUCGUCUUCCAAAUUUUCUUCCUCAUCAUCGCCCAAACCCCCGUCUUACCGUCUCUCUUCAUUCAUUGCCUCCCUCCAAUCAUGCGCCCAUCAAAAGAAACUCACACAAGGCAAGCAACUCCACUCUUACAUGCUCAGGAAUGGCCUCCUUCAAGCCUCCCCCGCGUCCCUCACCAGUCUCAUCAACAUGUAUUCCAAAUGCAACCAAAUGACCCAUGCCCUUUCCUUAUUGCAAACUGCCCCUCAAAGCCCAAACAUUUUUUCUUUUAAUGCAAUAAUUUCUGGGUUUAUCACGAAUGAAGAUCCCAUUCAAGGGUUGAAGGUUUACAGGGAAAUGAGGGUUCUUGGUAUUUUCCCUGAUAAAUACACGUUUCCCUGUUUGCUUAAAGGUUUUUGUGAUAUUAUGGAGGUUUUAGAGGUUCGGAAGAUUCAUGGGUUGGUUUUUAAACUUGGGUUGGACUUAGAUUUGUAUGUUGGGAGUGGUUUGGUUAAAUGCUAUUUGAAGUUUUCAUUCAUAGAGGAUGCUGAAAAAGUGUUCGAUGAAUUGAUUGUGAGAGAUGUUGUGCUUUGGAAUGCUAUGGUUAAUGGGUAUGCGCAGGUUGGGCAGUUCGAUGAGGCUUUGGGAGUGUUUAAGAAGAUGUGUUUAGAAGGGGUUGAAAUGAGUAGUUUCACGGUUACUGGAGUUUUGUCGGUUUUUGCAAUGACAGGAGAUGUGGACAAUGGGAGGGCAAUUCAUGGAGUGGUCGUGAAAAUGGGGUAUGGCUCCAGUAUCGUUGUGUCAAAUACUUUGAUUGAUAUGUAUGGGAAGUGUAAGUGUGCUAGUGAAGCAUUGGAGAUCUUCAAAAUGAUGGAUGAGAGGGAUACUUUUUCUUGGAAUUCAAUUUUGUUUGUUCAUGAACAAUGCGGUGAUCAUGAUGAAACAUUGAGACUCUUUCGAGUGAUGUUAAGGGAUGGCAUUCAGCCCGACUUGAUCACUUUGACCACUGUGCUUCCUUCUUGUACUCAGAUGGCAGCACUGAUGCAUGGUAAGGAGAUUCAUGGCCAUAUGAUUAUUAAUGGGUUGACAAAAGAUGGAAAGGAAGAAGAUAUUGAUGAUGUUCUUAUCACCAAUGGUAUUAUGGAUAUGUAUGCGAAAUGUGGGAGUAUGAGAGAGGCUCAUUUGGUUUUUGAUAAGAUGAGCCAUAAGGAUGUUGCGUCCUGGAACAUUUUAAUCAUGGGUUAUGGCAUACAUGGUUAUGGAAGUGAGGCAUUGGAUAUGUUUUCGCUCAUGUGUGAGAGUGAAUUUAAGCCUGAUGAUGUCACAUUUGUGGGGGUCCUGUCAGCCUGCAGCCAUGCUGGCUUUGUGAGCCUAGGGCGUGAACUCCUAGGGCAAAUGAAGUCAAAGUAUGGUGUUGUUCCUACCAUAGACCAUUAUACUUGUGUAGUUGACAUGCUCGGUCGGGCUGGCCAGCUUGAGGAGGCUUAUCAGUUGGCUCUAGUAUCGCCUACUGAGUCCAAUGCUGUUGUGUGGAGGGCCUUAUUGGCGGCAUGCCGGCUCCAUGGAAACUCAGAUAUAGCUGAGGCCAUUGCGAAGCAUGUGUUUCAGAUUGAGCCUGAGCAUAGUGGUAGUUAUGUAUUGAUGUCCAAUGUUUAUGUAGCAGCUGGGAAAUACAAAGAAGUAUUGGAUGUUAGAAACAUGAUGAAGCAACAAAAUGUCAGGAAAUUACCGGGGUGUAGCUGGAUUGAAGUCAAGAAUGGAAUCCAUGCCUUUAUUAAUGGUGAUCGGACGCAUCCUGGAUCAAACUCUAUUUAUGAUGGAUUGCACUCAUUGACUGCUCUUUUGCACGAACACGACUAUGUACCAGACUUCUAGUGAUAUAUUCUCAUGGCAAUAAAUGACGGAUUGCUUUUCCAUCUUUUCUUCGUACGUGGAUACAACCUUAAAAUCUCGGGUCCAGAAUAAGAUAUGAAUGAGAAAUAACGCCAACAAACCCCAUAUAAUUCAUGGUUCAAUUAUGGAAUAAGGAAACGCUUGGAAUGGAGCAGUAUAAUCAGCUAAUAAUUGUCUGGUUGCAUGGGCAUGGCAAUUGGCAGGUACCUAGCACUGAAUGAAAUUUUUUGUAUAAUGAUAAGAUAAACUUCUAUAAUAUGCUUUAGGGAAAGAACUAGCUGACCGACUUGUAUGCUGAAACUUUUCCGCCUGUAGUCUAGUCCAAGAUUGAUUACACGUUUUGGAGUUUUGGUUAUUUUAAAGCUAUUUAGAAGACGAGAUGUCAAAUGGAGUUCUGAUAAUGUUAUGUAUGCUAGGUAAAAUUUUACAUGGCAUGUACAUGAGCUAUAACAAUCUUUUGUUAUAGUUUUUCUGAUUUCA